AUUCUAUCUAAUGAAUCAAUCCAUAACCAAAAUGGCAGACAAGCAGGAACAGGAUUCGAACAUUUGAGAUCGUACAGUGAGUCAGCGUAAUAGAACAAAAUAAGUGUGGUUUUCAAGAUACCAGCAGAACCAUCCGUGUACAAAGCAGGAUGCGACGAGGAGUGAAAGCAACUUCGGCGCCUGCAAAGAUCAUUGUGCGGGUACAGUCACCCUCUGGGACUACAAGAAUAUCUGUGAGCAGCACCGAGACAAUUCCCAAGUUCUUACAGAAGGUUGGAGAGGAGCUGUCCCUGGGACAUGACACAUGGAAACUGUACCAGAACAGGGACCGGUCAGGGGAGCUGAAACCUGGCAGCAGGAAAACACUGCAUACCACCAACAUCAGACAUGGGGACAUGCUGUACCUGGUGCCGUCCUCAGCAGGACUGGACACGACUGACUCGGCUGGACCUCAGGACGUCCUCAUGAACGAUGUGGAGGAAGAUGAAGUGGACGUCUUCUUAUCCAAACAGGACGGCCGGAUCGCCAGGGAGAGAGACGAGCAGCUAUGUCAUCAUGGACCCAAAGGAAAAUGUGUUCACUGUACGUCCCUGGAGCCCUACGAUGAGGAGUAUCUUCAGAAGUCUGAGAUCAAGCACAUGUCUUUCCACGCUCAUCUCAAGAAACUGAUGGGAGGAGUAGACAAGGGAAAGUUUGUUGCUCUUGAGAACAUGAGUGUGAAGAUUCGGCCAGGCUGCACGGAGCACCCCCCCUGGCCGGGAGGGAUCUGUACUAAAUGUCAACCUAGUGCCGUCACUCUCAACAGACAGAAAUAUCGUCAUGUGGACAACAUCAUGUUUGAAAACCACAGCCUGGUGGACCGUUUCCUGGACUACUGGAGGAAGACAGGGAACCAGCGGAUGGGGUUCUUAUAUGGGAAAUAUGAGCACCACAAAGACGUGCCCCUGGGGAUCAGGGCCACUGUGGCAGCAAUCUAUGAACCUCCUCAGGUUGGAACAGCGAACAGUCUGCAGCUCCUGGAGGACAGGAAUGCUGAGGUAGUAGAUGACAUUGCCAGGAAGCUGGGACUCAGGAAGGUUGGAUGGAUUUUUACUGACUUGGUGGCUGAUGACUCUGGCAAAGGAACUGUCAAGAAUUUCAGGAACGCGGAUUCAGUGUUCCUGAGUGCAGAAGAGUGUAUCAUGGCAGGAGAGUUUCAGAACCAACAUCCAAACUGUACCAAACUCUCUCCUGACGGGACUUUUGGCUCCAAAUUUGUCACUGUGGUGGCUUCAGGUGAUGAAAGUCAUCAGAUCCACUUCGAGGGUUACCAGGUGUCUAACCAGUGCAUGGCCCUGGUGAGGGAUGACUGUCUGGUGCCCACUAAGGACGCCCCUGAGCUGGGCUACAUCAAGGAGUCCACACCAGAACAGUAUGUGCCUGAUGUGUUCUACAAGGAGAAGGACUCCUAUGGCAACUUGGUGACACUGCUGGCCCGUCCACUCCCAGUGGAGUAUUUACUAGUACAGGUUACUACAGGUUUCCCUGUUGAUCCUGUGUCCACCUUCAACACCAGGAUGGACAAACCCUUCCCUAUAGAGAACAGAGCAGACAUUGGUGACAUACAGGACUUUGGUCAGCUGACUGCCUACAUGCAGCAGUUCCCCGGGUACCGGCUACUGGAGGCCAUGUCUGAUCUACACUUCCUCACCUACCUGGCAACAAUGGACAUGUUACCACUCAAGGAACACAUGGACCCUUUACUGGAAGGUGUGAGGGAACAAAGUGCAGAGACUGUGGAACAUUGGUCCAAAACUGACCAAUGGGCAACAGUGGAACAACUGAUUGCUGCACAUGCACCAAGUCCACCUGUGGGUACUGGGCCUUCAGCUGCAGGACCAGCCUUCCCCACAGGGGGCGCUGCUGCUGGUGUGUGGACAUGUCAGCACUGCACCUUCAUCAACCAAGCACACAAUGCCUCCUGUGAGAUCUGUAACCUGCCCAGGACCUAAGGAACAGUGAUCUAGCCAGCCGGAACUUUUGUUGUUGUUUAAGGCCACACCAAUUUAAUUUCUUGGUUAAGGGAUUUGCCCGCUUCAUUUUUUUCUGAUUUGCAAAAAA